UUCAAAAAAAAAAGAAACAACAGAAAAAACAAAGUGUAAAAAACAUUUCUCUUCCCCUCUAAAGGAUUAUUUUCAUCAUUUUGUCUGCCUUAUUUUUGGAUUAUUUUCGGCAGCAGCUUUUUUACUACCGACUUCAUAAAUUUGUUUUUGUUUAAAAACAAAAGUAACGGAUUAUUUUAAACAACAACAUCAUUACAAUGGUUAAUAAACAAUAUUCGGCCACCGAUUUGGAGGCAUUUAUGAAAUUGGCUGCCAAUUGGCAAAAUACAAAUCACAAUUUAUUAGAGGGUGUAGAUAUAAAAGGAGAAAUGCAACAAUAUUUAAAUAAUCCAGCCAUGAAUAUGUAUAAAAAACGGGAACGUACCCAAAAUUGGAAUCAUCAAGAAAAGAAAUUUUUACUGGACUUGUGUCGAAAAGAUAUGAGAAUUAUUGAGAAUAAAAGACUAGAUGCUGGUCUAACGGCUGUUAAAAAUAAAGCCUGGAAGAUAAUACAUCAAAAGUUUUCAAAUCAAUUUGGCACAGAUCGUACGUGCAAUCGUUUAAAAGAACAAUGGCGUAGAAUGAAAGCCUGUACUCGCAAUGAAAUAUUGGAUUACAAUAAUCGUUUAACUCGUUUUGGCCCUGAGGUGGCCGAUCGCAAAAAGCCCUCUCCCUUUACUUUUGAGGUGUGGGAGUUCAUGCAGGAGGCUAAGAAGGCUUGCAAAUCAGAGGCAUUAGAUGGCAUAGAUUACUCAAAAAUACCUUUGGCUUUGGAAGAGGAUUUUGAAUAUCGUGAGGAGGAUCAUAAUAAUGAUGAUGAUCAUGAUAUGGAUGAUAGCAGCCGUACACCACCUCAGGACUUGUGUGAUGUUGAUAUCAAAGAGGAGACCAAUGAAACUUUAAAUGAUACAUAUUUGGAGGGUGAUAAAUUGAAUAGUUAUUCCCCACCACCUCAUCGUAUGGCUCAUGCAGAUUUAGAUCGUUCCAGCAUGCACAGUCCCACAAAUCUUUCAACAAAUGGUGAUAACAAUGUGCCAGCCAGCAGUGGUAAUGCCGCUUAUUUGCCUCAGGGAGGCAGUGAUUUAUCUGGUUUCCAGCCCGGCUUUAAUAUGAAUAAUAUAUCGGCUACUUUGGAAGCUUUAAAUGCCCUGCGCAGUGGUCAGUUUCCCUCAGCAGCUGCGGCGGCAGCUGCAGCCUUACAAAACAAUUUUGCAGCUGCGGCCCAACAACAGCAGCAGCAACAACAACAGCAGCAGCAACAACAGGAAUCUGAAGAUCAAAUACCUCCCACCAAAAGACCUAGAACAUCAUCGGUGUCAAAUGGCAAUGGUGCAGCGCCUUCUCUGAGUGGGGAACUGGAUUUAAAUGAAAAUCUGCAUAAUAAUUCAACCACUUGCCUGACCUCUGCCCCUUCCCUCACCUCUUUGAACACCAAAUCCCAGAGUUUGGAGAGCUCCCCCGAACUGAGAGCAUUCAUGGAAAUGCAAAACAAAGAACACAUGAUGCGCAUGCGCAUACUCGAAGUGCAAUUACAGGCCGCCAAAUACAGUCGCGAUUUAGUUGAAAUCAAUAAAACACUGGCCCUGCAAAAGCUACAAGAAUACGCCAGUAAACGUUUAACCACAUAAAACUCUAAACGCUUUUUUAUACAUACAUUAUUUUAUUUAAACAUUUAAUUGUAGUUUUAAACAAAAAAUUGUUAAUUAUUUU